AUGGACUCGGCUGGUCAACAGGACUCGCCACUAUCAGUUACGUCCAACAUUGUCGGCAUAUUGACCUUUGUUGUUGCCAUUGCAGCAGCUAUUUAUGCCCGUCUCACGUACCUUCGCAAUAGCGAUGAUGAGUACUUUCGGGUGAAAACGUCACUGUCGUGGUACAAGACUGAAUCUACCUGGCUCAGCGACCUUUUGAGAACUCUGGGAGCGCAGCAUGCACACAAUGGGAUGGUAAACGCCCGCCAACGGGAAUAUCAAAUGUAUUCCUUCGUUAUGGAAGAUUUGAUUAAUCUGGAGCAACGACUGCUCGAUUUGGUGGCAGAAGUUGAGGUUAAAGCUAGUAGUCCCCGAGGUCCCAGUGAUCGGGACGGUCGGUGGACAUUGGUCCCAAGUUGGAAGCGUGGCACCUCUGUCGGUAUGGCUUGGAUGUCGGUACGAACCAAGGCUUUGGAGCUGGUGCGACAGCGGGAAGCGUUGACUGCACGGGUACAGUUCCUCCAAAUGAGCAUGAUUUCGUCUCGCUUGAGCGACCUGGAAGCGAGGACGAAGUGGGGGGAGUUCAAGACGGACGAGAAUUCCAGAAAGAUGGAUGGGGUCGCCGAAGGUCGUAAAGAAGAUUACCGUCGUCUGGAAAAUUUAUUACAACAGCUUCUUGUCAGGAACCGGCAGUCAGUCCAUAUGGAUGAGCUUGCGACUGAUGACGAAUCUGCAAGGAGGAAGUCAUAUAUCUAUAGCGCCAUUAGGUCCUGA